AUGUCCGUGCUCUGUUCCUUGAAGGUUUGUCUUGGUCCCCACCACAGGUGCAUCAGCCGGAAGUUCAAACGAUGCCCGUCGCUGCCGUCCGCCAGCGUGAUCAUCGCCUUCUACAAUGAGGCCUGGUCCACUCUUCUGCGCACCGUCCACAGCGUUCUACACACGGCCCCCGCCAUCGUUCUCCGAGAGGUCAUCCUUGUGGACGACGGCAGCACUCAAGAACACCUGAAGGCAGCCCUGGACACUUACCUGGCAAGCCUCCCGUUGGUCAAGAUCCUUAGAAGCCCCGCGAGGAAGGGCUUGGUAUCCGCCAGGCUACUCGGGAGCUCCGGAGCAACGGGAGAAGUGCUGGUCUUCCUCGACUCACACUGCGAGUGUUUCGCGGGCUGGCUGGAGCCGCUGCUGGCCAGGGUUGCGGAGUUGGAGCAGGCGCUGGUCAGCCCGCAGGUCACCUCCAUCGACCCGCGGACCCUGGAGGUGAGGAAGCCCGUCCCCACCGACCGGAGCCCGUGGCGCGGCUCCUUCGACUGGUCCCUCUCCUUCUCCUGGGAGCAGCUGCCGGCCUACGAGAACGACGGCAGGAAGGACGACAGCUUCCCGUACAGGACUCCCACCAUCUCUGGAGGACUCUUUGCUGUGUAUAAGGACUACUUUGACUACAUCGGCACCUACGAUGACCAAAUGGAGAUAUGGGGCGGGGAGAACUUGGAGCUGUCUUUUCGGGUGUGGCAGUGCGGGGGACAGAUGGAGAUCCUGCCUUGCUCCGUGGUGGGGCACGUCUUCCGGGACGACCCCCCGGACAUGUACCCAGACGGGCCCAGCGUCGUCUACCGCAACCUGGUGCGGCUAGCCGAGGUCUGGCUGGAUGAGUACAAGGACAUCUUCUACACCCGUGUGCCUGAGGCAGCUGAAAUCGCCAGGAAGGGUUUGUUUGGCGACGUUUCGGAGCGGAGACAGCUGAGAGACCGACUGCAGUGCAAGAAUUUCAGCUGGUAUCUCUGGAACAUUCAUCCAGACCUGUACAUCCCUGGUCUACAUCGAGUGGAGCACAGCUCAUUAGUGAACCAGGGCAGCUUCUACUGUCUGAGCACAGAAGAGACUGAAGUGUUUGUGUCAAUGGACCCUUGCCACGGACAAGAGGAACGGCAGCAUUUCGAGUACACAGAGAAGGGGGAGAUCGUGACUGGGGGUCCCAUUCCGCGGUGUCUGCGGGCGGGGGCUCUAUCGGUGGUCCUGGCAGAGUGCGUGGCCUCCGUCGACAGUGCCAGUGCACCGGACGAACAGACGUUUGAGGUCAUUCAGCACGGAAUGAUAGUCAACCUGAGCCUGAGCCUGUGUUUGUCCGCGACUGGAGUGGACGUGAAGAUGGUUCAGUGUGACCCAACCGACGUGGACCAGCAGUGGAUGUUCAUGGAGGAGCCUCUAGAAUAAUGGACCUCUCCUCCCCCCCUCUCUCCCCGCCCGUCCACGCCGGUAGAUCUCAGGGAGCCCACAUCCCGCUUGGACCUCUCCUCAGAAGUGUCACCCCAUGGCUUCUCUUCCCAUCCACCGUUGGCCAUCUUCCAUUUUCCCCGGAGCCUGCCCUCACAUCCCUGAAGUUUCCUGAUUCCCUCCGACAGCCCGACGUCAGCGAUUCGCCCUCGAGUUUGCAGGAGGCCAUUCGCAAGGAGCAGAAAUAGGCCGUUCGGCCCAUCGAGUCUGCUCCGCCUGUGGAGAAAAGUGCUGGAGAAACUCAGCUGGUGAGGCAGCAUCUAUGGAGCGAAGGAAAAAGGCAACGUUUCGGGCUGAAACCCUUCUUCAGACCAAAGAUCCUAGAGCAGAGCAAGAUAGAUCACUCCCGCUAAAAGCAAUGGGCUGACGUGUAGUACGCAACGGAGCGGAACGUGGGCCUUUUUUUCAUCCAUUUCAGUAACCCGACCCGACCCGCAGUGUAAUCAACGUUGUGGGGGAACAGUUUGU